AUAUAAAGCAGCAAUCACAAAACCCAGUCAGACCCAAAAUAAUAUGACAUACACUGAGCAUCACAUAGCUUGAAGCACGAAACCCCAAAAACAUUCUCUCCCAAAGCCACUGAUCGAUCCCCAAAAACAACGAGAUGUUAGAGUUAGACCAAGUUGAAUAUUCUCCCUCACUGGAUGAAGCCGAAGCUUUUAGCUAUAUGAGCGACCCGAUAGGUGCAGGCAGUGGUUCGAAGAAGCAGAACAGCAAGAACAACAAGAAGAGGUUCAGUGAUGAGCAAAUUCGAUCGUUGGAGUCGAUUUUUGAGUCUGAGUCCAGGUUGGAGCCAAGGAAGAAGCUGCAGCUAGCAAAAGAACUGGGGUUGCAACCGAGGCAGGUUGCGAUAUGGUUUCAGAAUAAGAGAGCUCGAUGGAAGUCGAAGCAGCUUGAAAGAGAUUAUAGUAUACUCAGAUCCAACUACAAUAAUUUGGCUUCCAAGUUUGAAGCCCUCAAGAAGGAAAAGCAGGCCUUGGUUACUAAGUUGCAGAAGCUGAAUGAUAUGAUACGAAGGCCAAAAGAGGAAAGGAAUAAUAUAAUUGAUGGCGAUUCGGACAAUGGAGAUGAUGCUACUAGGUCGGAAUCUGAGGGGAAGCCUAAUUACCGGAUGUCAUUGGAAAAAUCUGAACAUGGACUUGGAGUCAUGUCAGAUGAUGAUAGCAGCAUAAAGGCCGAGUACUUUGGACUUGAGGAGGAACCAAACCUUGUGAACUUUGUGGAAUCUGCAGAUGGGUCCUUAACAUCUCCGGAAGAUUGGGGUAGAUUAAACUCCGACGGUGGUCUCUUUGACCAAUCGACUAGUGACUAUCAGUGGUGGGAUUUUUGGUCUUGAGAGAUGAAAAAAGGUAAAAAUAACAAUGUUCUUGAUGCCACUUGUGGCAUGGAUAGUACUAUUCUAUGGCGUAUAGCUGCUCUCUGUCAACUGGUUGUAUACAAGUCCUAUGUAUGUGUGUCUUUCGUUACAGUGAGAGAGCAUAUAGGCUGUAUACAAACAGUGACGAUGAACACAAUCAUGCAUGUGUCAUAGAGGAUGCACCUAUGAGAUUAAGCCAACAAGUAGAAUGGGGAUCGGAGGCAGAGAGCUAAAAGCUUUCAAAGGUCUGGCAUGGCAGACCUUCGGCAAAGAGAUAUUUUUUUUUAUAACCGCUGCCGAAAUACUCUUCCGGUCACAUGUAAGAAUAGAUGCGAUGGCCGGGAUUAAUGUGAUAAAAGGAUAAAAGGUUCGGGUACAACGGAUGUUUGUAAAAUUAGUUCUCCUAGCCUUGCCAUAAGAUUAUGCACAAAUUGAUUGAUAUGUACACUAGCUGGCAUAAAGUUUGUAGUUGAUAUAUGCGUAUGUACAAUAACCCAAGAACCCUGAUCUAGCAUAUAACAUGAGUCCAGGCGUCGUA